AUGGCUGCGUCUCAGGAACACCGCUCCAAUGAGCGCGAAAGAGCAGUCCUUGAUCGCCAAUUGAAUGGACUUCCAAUUGAGGACAAGGAGAAGUCGAAAAGAAAUGUAUUGGCAUAUGCAACAGCUUCAGACAAGGUCAUCUUGUCCGUUAGUUCGGUGUGCGCAGUCUUUGCUGGGGCAUUAAAUCCUCUUGUGCCUGUUAUUUACGGCCUCUUGGUCGCCGUAUUCAAUGGCUUCGAAGCAGGCACCGUCAGCGGCCAGGAGCUGCGCUCCAAAAUUUCCACCUUCAGUUUGUACUAUGUCUAUCUCAGCAUCGGUCUCUUCGUCUUCACGUACAUUGCGACGGUGGGAUACUACUAUUCCGGGGAGCGCAUAACUCGGGCCUUACGAACAGCAUACCUAUCGGCUAUUUUGCGACAAAACAUCGCCUUUUUCGAUCUCCUUGGUCCGGGCGAGGUGACUAACCGAAUUAUGUCAGAUAUGGGAACAGUUCAAGAAGCCGUCACAAGCAAGCUUUCCGUUCUGUUGAGCGCGGUUGCGACCUUUUGCGCUGCUUUUAUCGUUGCAUUCGUCAUGUAUUGGAAGACUGCGUUAAUCAUGAGUCCCUUCUUCGUGGCUAUGCUCGCGAGUGCUAGUAUUGGUGGUGCCUACGCUGUCAAGUAUCACAAAGGCGCGAUGGAAUUAUAUAGCCAGGCUUCGAGUAUUGCUGAAGAGGGCAUCAGCGCUAUACGACAGGUGACAGCGUUUGGAAUACAGCGUGUUUUAUUGGAGCGGUACAUGUCUGUGUUGAGACAAGCUGAGAAAACGGAUAAUAAGGCGGAAACCACUGUGGCAGCUUUGAUUGCGUGGAUGAAUACCAUGCCUUGUCUGUUAUAUGCGCUUUCUUUCUGGGCCGGCUCUAAAUAUCUGAUCAAAGAUGAGAUAUCGGUUGCAGGCAUCACCGCGACGACGCUAGCCGUCACGAUUGGGUCUUUUGCCAUUAUUCGAAUUGCUCCAUCUGUUCAGUCAUUGACUUCGGGGGUUGCUAUUGCGGGAGCCGUUCUGAAGUCCAUUGCGAGGAAGUCUCCUCAAGAUCCACUAGGCGAAGAUGGUGACAAGCCUGAAAAGGUUGUGGGAGACAUUCAUUUCAACAAUGUCAACUUGGUGUAUCCAUCGCGAGAUGAUGUCAAGAUCUUGAAUGAUUUAACUUUGGCCUGUCCUGCUAUGAAGAAGACGGCAAUCGUUGGCUCGUCGGGAGGCGGAAAGAGCAGUGUGUUAGGGCUGAUAGAGCGUUUCUAUGAACCAACGGCCGGCUCAGUCUCUCUUGAUGGACGCGACGUCCAAUCGCUGAAUCUUCGCUGGUUACGUCGACAAAUCGCCCUGGUUGAUCAAAACCCCGUGCUGUUCAAUGCUAGCAUUUUCGACAACAUCAAAUACGGCUGCUCUGAGAUACUUUCCCAGCUCUCUGAAGAUGAGAUCCGCCAGCGAGUUAUCGGCGCCGCCACAGAAGCAUAUGCCCACGACUUCAUCUCGUCGCUACCAGACGGCUACGACACCCAGGUCGGCGAAAAGGGUCUCCAGCUUUCAGGGGGCCAAAGGCAAAGGGUCGCCAUUGCGCGAGCCUUGAUAAAAGAUCCCAAGAUUCUCCUCCUCGAUGAAGCAACGUCCGCCUUGGAUUCUAAAUCCGAGGCUGCAGUGCAGGUAGCGCUAGAUGCUGCCUCUCAGCACCGUACAACCAUCAUAGUUGCGCACCGACUAUCAACUAUUCGAAAUGCUGAUAAUAUUAUUGUGCUUGCAGAAGGGAGAGUUGUGGAACAAGGAAAGCACGAAGAGCUCAUUGCUCAGGACGGACUGUAUGCCGCCUUGGUUGACAAGCAGCAGGUCGAAGAUGCUACAGUCACAGCCAGUGAUGCGUCGGAUCACUUGUCUAUUGAAGAAAUUAAGGAAAGUGCCAUGAUUGACACUCCAGGUGAGCAUGAUGAAAAGGCUGGUCUGGCUGGCAACCGGGUCUAUGGCUCGACGCCCCGUGAAGCCGCAAGAGCAACAAGAAAAGAUGCCCGUCGUCCACCUAGCGCCAAACAAACACUCGCGUUUAUUGCUCGGGUGAGCCGGAGUGAUUGGAAGCUUAUACUAUUUGGGAUGACAUGUGCCAUUUUGGCAGGUUUAGGUAUUCCAGCACAAGCCAUUUUAUUUGCGAAACUUUUGUCGGCAAUUGGAUUCCCUUCUUCUCGAUACGGCGAGAUGCAAGACCAAGUCAAUCUCUACUCCGGACUAUAUGUUGCUCUUGCCGCCGCCGCUUUCGUGUUCUGGUUGACAGUCGGGAUAUCAUUAGCAUGGGCUACACAGAAGCUAUCGCAACGACUCCGUGAAAUAUGCUUCAAAUCCAUCAUAGUGCAAGACAUGGCCUUCUUCGAUGAACCGGGAAAUACGCCUGGAGCCCUUUCGAGCGUUCUAUCAAAGAGCAUCACCGACCUCUCUGGGAUGGGAGGACCCGUUAUUGGCGGACUGCUGACAUUCAUCUCAACAAUCCUGGGUGGAAUAGUGCUAUCCAUAGCCAUCGGAUGGAAACUAGCACUUGUUUGCACGGCCACGAUACCAAUCGUGGUAGCUUGUGGAUGGUUACGCCUGAUGGUUCUCACAGCAUUCGAUACCAAAAUCCGGCAGAGCGGCACGGAUGCGGCUGCUUUUGCGGGAGAACUAGUUCGCUCAGUACGAACGGUUGCAUCUCUAGGACUUGAAGAGUACGCUUUGGCACGAUAUGACGGAUUCCUCGCCAGUCAUGCAUCCAAGUCUCUUCGAUCUAUUCUCACAGCUUCCAGUCUGUACGCUGCAUCACAGUCUAUUGUGUAUCUGUGCGCAGCUCUGGCAUUCUGGUAUGGUGGUAUUCUCAUUGCUGACCGUGAAUAUUCUACCUUUCAAGUGUACAUCUGUUUUGUAAGUCUCAUUUCAGGGGCUCAGAUUGCAGGUUCCAUUUUUACGUUUGCACCUGAUGCAAGUAAAGCGAUGCAUGCGAGUCAAGAGCUCCAGUACAUCAUGGAACUGAAGGCUACUAUCAACAAGAAUCCAUUUCAAGAACAGCCACGCCGGAAUGUACUUGCAGAAAAUGAAAAGGGUAAGCAAACUUUGCAGCAAGAUACUGCUUGUCGAAUUGAGUUUGAGCGAGUAUCCUUUACGUAUCCCUCGCGGCCAAACAGCUCUGCAUUGUAUGAGUUCAGUGUUACAGUCAAACCGGGUCAGACGCUCGCUCUCGUAGGACAAAGCGGCAGCGGUAAAACGACGUGCAUUUCAUUACUAGAGCGCUUCUAUGAACCUGACCAUGGACGAAUCCUUGUUGACGGGCAAGAUAUCAAGAGUACGGACGUUGAUGCGUAUCGACAAGCUAUCUCGCUCGUUAGCCAGGAAACAAUCAUCUUUUCGGGAACAAUACGAGAGAAUAUUGCGAUUGGUCUGGCUGGAGAGGAAGCCAGCGACGCUGAUAUUUUAGAAGCUUGUGGACAAGCCAAUAUCCUCGAGUUUGUUGACUCUCUUCCGGACGGGUUAUCAACAUUAGUAGGCACGGGAGGCAGCAUGCUCAGUGGUGGUCAGAAACAACGCAUAGCCAUUGCACGCGCUUUCCUGCGCAAGCCGAGAAUUUUGUUACUUGACGAGGCGACGUCUGCGCUGGACACGGAAUCAGAGUCAGUCGUGCAGGCAGCCAUGGAUGCUAUUCGUAAAGAUAGAACGACAGUCAUGGUGGCACAUAGAUUGAGCACAGUGAGGAGCGCGGAUAUUAUUUGUGUACUCGCUGAUGGGGGGUUGGUGGAAAUGGGGAGUCAUGAGGAGUUGAUGGAGAGGAAGGGCAAGUAUUUCGAGAUGGUUGCUAUGCAGAACUUGCAUUAG